UUUUCCUCCUACCACCUCCUACAGUGUAGUUGGUGCCUACCAUUGCUCUAUCGUUCUGCUCCAAGAGGGUGCUCUCACUCACUCCCUUGCUCCUACUCCACAGCUGAUGUAUCGGCCGCGUGGAUCUAGAUGGUUCGCCAAGUUGCUUUGCAAGAUGUCCUAAUUCCACUUUCAGUCCGUGCUCACAGCCGACAUGGGUCCAAUCCCAGGUAUACCAGGGAUGGCUACCCUAAUAAUGCAUCUGCUUACAGACGAAAGCAGCCUAUCACAAAUGUCUGGACAGGGUAAGCGAGUUUGAACGGAGCGCCCAGUUAUUCUAGAAGCCUUCUUGGAGGAUCCGUGGUCCGCUUGUUCGGCGGCAGAGGAUCGCCCAGGCCAUGUCAACCCAGACAUCGCUUGACACUAAUCUGAUGGAUCAGCGAUCCCAUGCAGUGCACCACCACGGCAGGUACAGUAUCUCCUCCUCCAGGCCUCCCUUUGAACCAAACUCGUCCUGCGAGAGAUCAAUGCUAUCCACAACAAUGAUAGACGAUAGGUGGAAACCCCGAAACCCAGUGAUGGUGAUGGCUGUCACUUGCACUUGCUGGGAUGUCUCCACGAAUUGAAGCUCCGUGGGCUGGACCUCUCGUCUGUCCUUCGCAGAGAUCAUGAGAUUCGCCACCAGCCAAGACGAACUUGGAAUGACUACCACACUUCGGACGGUUCCUACACUAUCUGUAUGGAAGCUACCAUUCUCAAGUUCUUGUGUGCAGCGAAUCUGGCUCAUUCAGGUCGUAUGCACUUUUUCUACGCCUGGCCAUACAUGGCCGAAUCCAACAACUAAUUUCUAAAAAAAAAUCCCCGCGAUGGAAACUAACCGCAGACUGCGUGUCUUCAGAAUCUUCCAGGGUUACAUUCUCUGGUCAGGACGCUCAGGUCACCGGUGAACAUAGCUGGGUCGGGAAUAUCUGGAGUCUAGCAAGGCUGCAUGUUGAUCAACUCUGUUCGAGUGGUGAGUCCACGUGGGCAACAUAUGCAGACCCAGUUGGUCCCGUAUGUCCUGGGGCCAUAGUUCUUGCGACACCACCGACAGACCACGUCGCCCAUAUGCGGACCACAAAUGGUGCCCCGGGGGUAUCAGGCGGGUACCCCAGGCGGACCUGGUGCGUUGCCCGGCCAGACUACAAACGCUGUCAAACUUGAUCGAGGCAGCUACUCGGGUAGAGAGUGUCUGGUCGUUGAAGUACACGUGGGAGGGAAAGGGCUCCUGAUUAGUCGAAACAACCUCUGCUAAGCUCUCCGGGCUUGGCACUUUUGGCGGCGCGGCGGAAUUCCACCCGGUCUUCUUGGCACUCGAUUCGGCCUGGCCCCUGUCCUGUCGCCCCAAACACUCGACUCUGGUUCGCUCCUGGGCUAAAUCACGCCAGCUGGUCUGCCUUGUCCAGAAGCGCCAAGCCAUCCAUUCCAGCGCUCUACAAGCUUGGUACACUUGGCGAGUUGCUUCUGGUGUCUAGUGGUCAGAAUAUGCUUCCCGUUUGUCGGUUGAGAUGGUGCCAUCUGCUACAUCGCGACGGUUUCUAUCACAUGAGAAGUAUCCACCCUCCUUUUCGUCGAGGACCACUUGGGUCUGGUCUAGUUCGACGAGUAUAGGGACCGCACAAGGCGUUGUUGCGACCAUGGGGCGUCCACGUUGCGUCCACAUUGGCGCUGAAGGGAGAAGAGAAAAAGACAACUUCUAGUCGCGUAUCUGGCAAUAAAAAGGGCGCUUCCCUCCCGUCGUUUCCUACUUCCCCAGCGUCGUCUCCUCGUGCCUCAACUGGACAAGAUCCGACUGACCCAAAGGACAAGAUGUAUCUCCAUCAGUUCGACUACCUCUUCGCCAUCGGCACUAUCUUUGCCUUCCUCGAUGCCUGGAACAUUGGUGCCAACGAUGUCGCCAACUCGUUCGCGACCUCCGUGUCGUCGCGUUCCCUGACGUACAUCCAAGCCAUGUUUAUUGGCUCCGUGAUGGAAUUCACAGGAAGUAUCGCUGUGGGCGCCCGUGUGUCAGACACCAUCCGAACCAAGAUCAUAAAGGUCGACCUGUUUGAAGACAAUCCCGCGCUGUUGAUGUUGGGCAUGGUGUGUGCCGUGGUCUCAUCUUCCCUCUACUUGACAUUUGCCACGAGAUUUGGCAUGCCUGUCUCGACCACACAUUCCAUCAUGGGUGGUAUCAUCGGAAUGGGCAUUGCAGUGGUUGGCACGGACGGAAUCCAGUGGUGGGGUGGAAAUGUCAACUCGGGGGUGGUCCAAGUCUUCCUUGCCUGGGUCAUUGCUCCUGUCCUUUCCGGCUGCUUUGGUUCCAUCGUCUUCCUGAUCACCAAGUAUGGGGUUAUGCUGCGGAAGAACCCGGUCUACAAGGCAUUUAUCACGAUUCCCAUCUACUUCGGCAUCACGUCCGCCCUCCUCACCAUGCUCAUCGUCUGGAAGGGCGGCUCUUCCAGGAUCAAGCUCAACAACAGCGAAACCAUCGGCGUCAUCUUUGGCGUGGGUAUCGGUGUCGCCCUUCUUGUGACAGUCUUCUUCCUUCCGUGGCUGUACCGAGUCCUGCUCAAGGAAGAUUGGCAGUUGAAAUGGUAUCACAUUCCAUUGGGUCCUCUGCUCCUCCGCCGGGGUGAAGCUCCUCCUCCCCCAGAAGGCCGUGGCGUGGUACAAGAUUACUACCGUGGCCAUCUGACCAUGGAGGAACUUCAAGCCAAGCGUGCGGCCGCGCAAGCCAAGCUCCGGGACAUCGAGCACGGUGGCGCCAGCGACAAGGAGGUCCACGCCUCGGACGACGCGAUCCACUCGGACAGCGAAGCCACCACACCUCCCACUGGCAGUGUUGCCGAGCCUCACACAUACUCGUUUAUCGGGCCUCGCCCGGAAGGAAGCAACCUGCGGCCCGCAGUGAUGUUUUGGUGGUUCAAACGCAUCUUCUUCCAUGGGGUCGAGAAGGACGUCAUCAGCUUGCAGAACAAGCGCAACAUCCUGACGGGUGAUAUCGAGGCGACCCACGCGCAUGCCGCUCACUACGACAACAAAGCCGAGUACAUGUAUUCGUUCCUCCAGGUCAUGACGGCGGCCACAGCCUCCUUUACCCACGGCGCCAACGAUGUGUCCAACGCUGUUGGACCGUAUACCACCAUCUACUACAUCUGGGCCAACAAUCAACUCAAAUCCAAGACCCCUGUACCUUACUGGAUUCUGGCCUUUGGUGGUGGUGCUAUAGUGAUUGGUCUCUGGACCUACGGCUACAACAUCAUGCGCAAUCUGGGUAACCGCAUCACGCUCCACUCACCUUCGCGAGGUUUUUCCAUGGAGUUGGGUUCCGCUGUCACGGUUAUCAUGGCCACCAGACUCAAGCUCCCCGUUUCGACCACUCAAUGUAUCUCGGGUGCCACCGUCGGUGUUGGUCUCUGCGCUGGAACAUGGCGGACCAUCAACUGGAGAAUGGUGGCCUGGAUCUACAUGGGUUGGAUCAUCACGCUUCCCGUAACCGGUGUCAUUUCCGGAUGCAUCAUGGGCAUCAUCAUCAACGCUCCACGCUGGGGUGUUGCAUUGUAAACAUGAACAAUGCGGGUUGUGAAAAAGGAGAUGGUUCUUGUUAGAAGGCUCGGAUUCUGUCACCCUUUGGCUGCAUGGGACGACGUGGGUGAGUUUGGUAGCGUUUGAGGGUCUGAAGAGCCGAGCAGAGUAGCACAGUGGAUGUAGGGGAUCAGCUGGGGGAAUUCCACCAUAAGCAAUCAAUUAAUCAUUACAA